AUGCCCUCUAUCCUCGAAGACCCCGCCACCAUCACCCCUGCACCCCGCCACAUGCUGCACUCCUUGAAGGCUACCCCCCAUCUCUUCACUCCCAUAAAAACCACGCUCAAAACAGGAAAAGCGGUAACAUUGUACCCAAUUACGAACGGCCCAUCAUCCCUGCCUCAAUCUCUCCUCCGCUUCCUGCACGCCGAGUUCUCGGCGGAGAUUGAGAGGGGGUGUACGUAUCCGAUGGAGGAGGCGAUGGAUUUUGAGAAAUUCGGGGAGUAUUGGUUUGGGGUCUUUGGGGUUGUUGCGCUUCUUGAUUCUGGGUCUGGUGGCGAAAGAUUGAGUGGGGAGAGGGAUUGGGAGAGGGAGUGUUUGGGGACGUUUUAUAUUAAGCCGAAUUAUCCCGGCCGCUGCUCGCACGUAUGCAACGCUGGAUUCUUGACGACGGGGGCGGCGAGGAAUCAAGGUGUCGGUAUUGUCAUGGGCAAGGCGUAUCUGCAGUUUGCGCCGUGGCUGGGCUACAAAUACUCCGUCUUUAACCUCGUCUUCGAGAACAACGUGGCCUCGGUCAAGAUCUGGGAGAAGCUUGGGUUCAGCGUUAUCGGCCGCGUGCCGGGCGCCGCGAGAUUGGCGAAUAGUGAGGAGUUGGUUGAUGCGUUGAUUAUCGGGAAGGACUUAACAGGAAAGGUAGAUAAGGAGACAGACAAGGCUUAA